AAUAACACCAGUUUAGUCAGCGAGUGACUGAGUGAUGAGCAUGAAGAUGAAAAUGGAGGAGCAAGAAAAUCUAAACCUAAUCCCCCCAACAGCAACCCUAGAAAUAGACAAAGACCUCACUCUCCUACCACGCAUCAAACUCAACCUCACCGUACACCCUUCCACACCUUCAUCCUCCAUAACAAACCAAAUCGACGAAUGGAAAACCAAACGAGCCUUACUCGAUUUUCUCCAAACCUCUCAUUCUCUUCCCUUUCCUCUCCCCGAAGAAGAUCUUCAAUUCAAACGCUUCAACAAAGACCUCAAAAAGCGUAAACGCGAAGAUCCCGUCGUUUACGGUACACUCCACAUCUGGGACCUGUCGUUUUUGAGUGAGAAGAAUGAAAACGACGUUGUGAAAUGGAGGAAUGGUCUUCGGAAUGUCAAUCAGAGUUCCAGGCGCGAACCGGAUACGGUUGUUGUUAGUGGUGUGCCGUCGCGGUGGUUCGCGGAGACUAGGGUUUCUUCUAAACCUUCUAUGCUUGUUACUCAUACCAUUUUUUCAAAGUUUGGCAAGAUAAGGUUUGUUUUGAAUACAAUUUAUAGCUUUUAUGUGCUUAUUUUGGGAUAUCAUGGGGGUAUUUGAUCUAUGUUGCUGAUU